AUGAGGGGGUUGAUAAUGGGUGGCGGCGUGGGAGUACAACCGAGGGUGCGCAGUGCGGGCGGCAGUAGUUGCGCGGCAGACACGGUGUUAGGUGGAGGUGCUUCGUGCCGCUCUCAGGGGGGGGAAAGUGAUCAUGCCAAGCCUCGUCGUGUCCUAGUGAAAGAUUCUUGCGAUAUUCCCGGGAUAAUGGCGGGCAGCGACUUGGAAGACGUGGCGGAGGAGUACCGGUCGUCACUGAAGGACCUGACGAUCAACUCUAAGCCGCUCAUCACCAUGUUGACGAUGCUGGCCGACGAAAAUAGGCCUCACGCAACCGUCAUCGUCAAAGUGAUAGAGGAGCACAUUCACGAGGUUGCUGGUCCACAGAAGCUGCCAGUCAUGUACCUGAUUGACUCCAUCAUGAAGAAUGUUGGUCAGGAUUAUAUUAAGCUUUUUGGCCACAACAUCAUAAGCACAUUUAGUUGUGUUUUUGAAAAGGUCGAUGAAAGGACCAGAAAGAAGCUUUACGAGCUGAGACACACUUGGAAUGAGGUAUUCCCAAAGUCUCGCCUGUAUGGGCUGGAUGUAAAAGUACAGUCCUUGGACCCUGCGUGGCCUCUACCAACAGGUUUGGCGAUGACUUCCCAGUCGACCAGCAAGCCCAAUAUUCACAUCAACCCAAACAUCAUCAAGCCUGGAGUGGUUAAGGGGACAUCUUUAGCGUCAUCUUCAUCAGGUCACAAGAGCAAGAAGGACCUCGAAAUCCUCAAACGCGAGGAACAGAUUUUGGAAUUAGAACGUCAAAAGUUGAUGUUGGAAAAGAAGAAAAUACUCUUGGAGCAGAGUCGACAAAUCAAGGAUAACAAAUUGGUAAAGGCUGAACCAGAGAAACCUAUUGUCAAGCCCAUCGAUGACCCAACUAUAUCCAGUGAACGACGCUCCGAAUUUCUGCGAUCAUACAAGAUAAAGAAAAAGACCCAAGCUAAGGAAGAACCACAGGUGAGCUCAACCAUCCAUGUGGACCCACGGCGUGUCCACCAGGUGCUUCCUGUGGUUGCUGCAUCUAACCCAGUUGCAUCACAAGAUCCCAGACGAAUAGGUGAAAUGACUAGAGAUCCUCGAUUAAACAUUGAAGGCAAUCGUGAUCCUAGAGUUGUUUUGGAGAAUUCACGCGAUCCCAGACUCAGUGCUGAAAAUUCACGCGAUCCACGACUCAAUUCUGCCCUUUCCAUGAACAGUGCAAAAAUUCCGAAGUCAAUUGAGCCACAGGUUACGUCCUCUCGUGACCCUCGAGUUGCCCACAGUGAGCAGGCAAAGGAAAAAGAGAAAGAAAAAGAAAAAGAGAAGAGAAAGAGAAGGAAAAACUUAAAGAACAAAGAAAGAGAAAGAAGGAAUCUCCAUCAAAACACAAAAAAGAAAAGGAAUUAAAGCCGAUAAAGUCAGAGACUCGGUCGACACGGUCAAUUCAUCGCGCGAAAGACAAGGAGAAAAAGGAGAAGGAAUCUCCAGUUUCGUCGUCGUCAUCUCCUAAACCAGACAUAAAUCAAAUAAAGAAACCAGUAGAGGCAUCUGCUCCAGAUGUUUCUGACAACUCUACUACUUUCAAGAG